UAUCUCCUAUACAUUUCUAGAAACAUGAUUCGUGGUUUAAAGCGUCCGUGUGGUGACUGUGUAUAUUUCAUAUUAGAUGAAGACAGCUGUUUCACAUGCAGCUUAAAAAAAAUCAUGACAGAAGGUUCCAUAACUGCAGAGCCUGUAUGCAGGAAAAUGACAAGCAUUUGGAGUUCUUAUAAAGAAGGUCAGCAACAAGAUUCACACGAGUUGCUGCAUAUAAUGAUGCAAGAGAUUAAGGAGAAAUGCUUUGGGUCAGACAAUACUUUAUAUAGUGAAGAAAAAAGAUUGUUUUAUGUGCAGGAGAAGAGCUUGUUGAAUUGUAACAGUUGUCAAGCUGCAUCCUCAACAAAAGCUGCAUUUUCCUCAUUUAGCUUGCCCAUUGAAAAGCAUCAGAAUAUUGCUGAAGCCAUUGGAGGCUAUUUUAAAAGUGAACAAGUUGAAAGGAAAUGUGAUUUGCCUUCUUUAUAAACCACAAGAAAUAAAAGAAAAAGUUAGUGAACUGUAUGGCGUAAUCGUACACAAAGGAAAUACUCUGUCUAAUGGCCA